CUGAUUUUUCUCAUCCAUCACUUCAUAAACUCACAAUUUCAGUGAUUGUCAUUUGUCCAAUCACACAAAUGGGAUCAGUUAAAAUCUGGAACCGUAAACCAGAAGUCAAAACCGGGAAAUCCGAGUUUCCGGUUACCAGAUUCCUCCGUGGACAAAUCGAGAGCAUCAAGAACACAACCACCGGUCCAGGAAUCGGCGGCGGCAUUGGCUGCGGCGCUGGAAUCGGUUUUGGUCUCACCGGCGGGAUCGGGAUUGGCGCCAAUGAAGGUCUGAACCAUUCUAAUGUGGUUCUUGGUUUCGGUUUAGGUUGCGGUAUCGGGUUCGGGUUUGGGUACGGGUUUGGAGUUGGCGGCGGGUACAGUUUCGAUGACAUUAAAGAUAGGUUUGACCUAUGAUGAGUUCAAAGCUCCGGUUCUUAAUCCCGGGUUGCCGGGUCGGGUCUAUCUAAAACAUUUAUGUUAAUUUUGUAUUAACAUUUUUGUUAAUUGUCUAUUUUUAAUGAAAUUACUCUUGUCUUUAUUUUGUUUUA